GAGUGAUUUUGCAUUUCCUCAGAGGCCAUAUUGGAUAAAGUAGAGGGAAGUACUUCGUUGAUUUACAGAUUAAAAUUUCAUAACAUAUGCAAGUUUACCUCUAUGACACGAUGGAAUGACCGUGUUGGUCCGCCAUGGGUUUAUUCUUAAGCGUUGGAUAGAUUUCUCAGAGUAACAAGUGCAGCAAGAAAAAAAUUCUAAGAAAGGGGAGAAAUGCCUCCUCCUCCCCCACCACCACCUGGACCUCCACCUCCAAGUACUGCUGUUUCAUCACGUCCACCUCCAAAGACGAAGAAUAGAGGGGCAUUACUAAGUGAGAUUCAUAAGGGAGCCAGGCUCAAAAAGACUGUCACCAAUGACAGAAGUGCACCGUCUUUUGAUACUAAGGGAAAAGGAAGUAGUGGUGGUGGUUCUUCAGGGGGUGGUGCUCCAGCAGGUGGAUUGGGUGGAGUGUUUGCUGGUGGCAUGCCAAAGUUGCGGCCUUCUGGUGGGUCACGGGGUGGGCCAGGAGGAGCAGCCUUAAAACCCCCUGGAAUGAGAGCACCAGCACCACGUCCAGCUUCGCCUGGUGGAUCACCACGACCAAUGGGUCCAAGGGCAGGUUUUGGCAGCAGGGGACCUGGUCCACCGCCCCCUCCAGAUAGAGGGCCCCCAGCCCAACCUGCUGGACCUGGUAGAAGAUCUGUUCGAGAUGCAUUACCACCCACUCCCGGAACAGGGCUACCAAGACCACCUCCACCUGGUAGGAACAGUGUGGGUCAAAUGAACAGCAUGGCUAAUUUUCCACCCCCACCUCCAAUGUCUAUUAAUAGAACAAAUGGUCCUCGUGCUCCCACUGGACCACCACCUCCACCUGGCAGAAACUCUAUGCCUACAAGGGCUGGACCUCCCCCACCCCCUAGAGGUCCUGCUGGUCCUCCACCCCCACCUAACCGAAACACACCAUUACCACCACCACCUGGAAGAAGUUCAGCACCACCACCACCUAGUAGAGGACCUACAGCACCUACCCCACCUCCUCCCAGUCGUGGACCUGUAGCACCAACACCACCUCCUCCCAGUCGUGCACCAUCAGCACCAGUACCACCUCCUCCUAGCCGGGGACCAGUUGCACCAUCACUUCCCUCUCAAAACAGAGGUGGGCCUCCCCCACCAGGUAGAGGUAGCCUUCCAGCGCCACCGUCAAGUAGAUCAUCUAAUACUUCAAUAAGAGCCCCCGAGCCAGCACCGCCACCUCCGACUAGAGGCCCUCCAGGACCACCGCCACCUAACCGUGGUCCAUCCGGACCACCUCCUCCUCCACCUGGCAGAAGUGGGCCACCCCCACCUCCACCAUCUAGAGGUCCACCAGGUCCUCCACCACCACCAAAUAGAUCAAUACCGCAGACACCACCAAACGUGUCAUCUUCCUCUCAACCGCCCCCACCACCACCACCUAAUCGCGGUGGGAUGUCACCCAACUCAUCAAGCUCAUUUCCCUCUAAAAGUAAUUUUAACUCAAUAGACUCUGCAAGAAAUAUAGGUGUGUCCAAUAACAAACUUGUGAACGGUCCGCCUUUGCCGCCAGCUAAUAGAGGUCCAAGUUCAGAUUCAAUUAGAAGUCCAAGUACGACUGAUGAUUUUGAAAAGAGAUUUAAUUUUACCUCGGAGUUACCACCUCCGGAACCUUACAAAGAUUUUCCAAAGACAUAUCCUAGUCAGAAUAAAAAUAGAAAAGGUGGUGGAACCCAAAGAGCACCCCCGCCUCCACCGGGUGGACCCCCGAGAACUGGAGCUCCUCCACCACCACCCCCUGCGCCAUCAAGAGGUGCGCCGCCGCCACCGCCUCCGCCACCCAGGAGGUGAUCCUACCGUAAAAAAUAUUUACAAUGUUUUAAAUUGAUUACAAUUAUUGAUGGCAAGAAUUAACCUCCAUGAAGUAGAAGGGAAUCUUCAAAUUGACUAACCUGGUCCUGUUUCCAGUUAAGCAGGAAACAUUUAGAUUGGUGGAAGUUAAUGCUUUUUAUAAUAAGGAGAAAAUUAUAUAUAUUUAUUUUGUCUUUGUACUUGGUAUUAUGAUACACCGAUAGGUUUCGAUCCCGUUUAUUCAUUAGCUGUUAACAUUGUCAAUUGGUUUUACCCAAUUUGAAUAACAUAAUUGCUCCAUUUGAUGGAUCGAUCCAUCUAUUUUUGAAACCUUUUGUAAGGUUAGUUAACAUUUCAUAUUCUUAAUUCACGUUAGUAUACCAUAGUGGCAAUAUGUUACAAAGAUUAAAAUAA